AUGGCCUCCACGUCCGAUGCGCCGCUGGCGUUCCUCCUCAAGAACCCGAUAGCAUCCGCGUUCUCAGAUGCCUACAACGCCUUUCAAGAAAGGAGGCAACGGCUGGGUCUUUCAAACCCUGGCUUGGUCGAGAACAUUGCUAAGGAGGUCCAGCGCGAUGUCCUCACAUCGAACUUGAUGUUCUCCGGUCUGCGGGCCGACCUUACGAAGGCCUUCAGCUUCAAUCCCUUAUUCCAAGUCUCUCACCAGUUCGCCAUGGGCGAGCGAUUGAGUCCUUAUACUUUCGCCGCCCUCUACGGUACCAGCAAGGUCUUUGCUCAAGGCAACAUUGAUGACCAAGGUGCCCUCUCAGCGACGUUCAACUGGAGGUGGAGCAAUGCUCUCACCACCAAGUCACGAUUCCAGAUCGCUCCCAGUGCCACCGGUCAGGACAUGGCGCAGUUCGAAAACGAAUAUCUUGGCAACGAUUUUACCGCCACACUGAAGGCCCUGAACCCCUCCUUCCUGGAUGGCGGCCUAACUGGUAUCUUCAUCGGCCAAUACCUGCAGUCUGUCACUCCCAAGCUUGCCUUGGGGCUGGAGGCUGUUUGGCAACGCGCUGGUCUGACACAGGGUCCGGACACGGCUGUCUCGUAUGUUGCUCGGUACAAGUCGGACAGCUUCAUCGCCAGUGCCCAGCUGCAGGCUCAGGGCGCCCUUAAUGCCUCGUACUGGCAACGCCUGUCGGACAAGGUUCAGGCCGGUGUUGACAUGACUCUUCAGGUGGCUCCCAGUGGUGCCAUGAUGGGCGGCCUCACAAAGGAGGGAAUCACAACGUUUGGCGCCAAGUAUGACUUCAGAAUGUCAACCUUCCGGGCCCAGAUCGACACCAAGGGCAAGCUGAGUUGCCUGCUCGAGAAGCGGGUUGCUGCCCCCGUGAUGAUGACGUUUGCCGCUGAUGUCGAUCACUUUACUCAACAAGCGAAGAUUGGAGUCGGCAUCUCGAUUGAGGCCGGUGGCGAGGAGCUCCAAGAACAGCAGGACAUGGGCGCUCAGCCGCCUCCGAACAUCCCCUUCUAA